AGUCGUGACGUACACUGUAAACAGGAAGUAGCUCGUUAGAUUUCUUGACCUGAGAGUGAGUCAUGGGCAAGAGCUGUAAGGUGGUUGUGUGUGGCCAGGCCGCAGUUGGUAAAACAGCUGUAUUGGAGCAACUACUGUAUGCCAAUCAUGUUGCAGGCUCAGAGCCCAUGGAGACCCUGGAGGAUAUCUACAUCGGCUCCAUAGAAACUGACCGCGGCACACGAGAGCAGGUGCGCUUCUAUGACACCCGCGGACUCAGAGAUGGGAUGGAGUUUCCUCGACAUUACUACAGUUUUGCAGACGGCUUUGUACUCGUCUACAGCAUUGACAGUAAAGAGUCCUUUAAGCGGAUGGAGGCCCUCAAGAAGGACAUCGACCGUCAAAGAGACAAGAAAGAGGUGACCAUCGUGGUCCUGGGUAACAAGCUGGACAAGCAGGAUGAAAGGAGAGUUGAAUCUAACAUAGCCCAGAACUGGGCCAAAAACGAGAAGGUGCGUCUGUGGGAGGUGUCGGUGGUGGACCGGCGCACACUGAUCGAGCCGUUCGUCUACCUAGCGAGCAAAAUGACCCAGCCACAGAGCAAGUCCACUUUCCCUCUCAGCCGCAAUAAGAACAAGGGCAGUGGCUCUACAGACAGCUGAAUGACCAGACACUGUUUUCAUAUCCAAGAGGAAGGAAAGAGAUAGAAAAGGUGCUUUAAAGGGAACAUAGUUUUGCUAAAAAACUAUUUUGAUAUUAUGAAGGAUUGAUGUGAAAAGUGUUGAUGAGUAAAGGCGGGAUGAUUGUAUGGAUAUUUAUAUGCAGUGAGUACUGUUUGUAUUGGUUCUGCAUCCAUGUUUGAUGUUUUGG